GAGUUCCGCCCCAGCUCCUUAGCCUGCGUUUGCCAGCUCGGCCUUCACGCCCACACAGCGCUUGGGUCUCCGUCCCUUGCCAGGCACUGCUGAGCUUCCCAGGGCAGGUUCCAGGCUCCUCUGACCUGCGGGCCUCCAGGAUGCAGGCCCCGCACAAGGAGCACCUGUACAAACUCCUGGUGAUCGGUGACCUGGGUGUGGGCAAGACCAGCAUCAUCAAGCGCUACGUGCACCAGAAUUUCUCCUCGCACUACCGGGCCACUAUUGGUGUGGAUUUCGCGCUGAAGGUGCUCCACUGGGACCCUGAGACCGUGGUGCGCCUGCAGCUCUGGGACAUAGCAGGUCAAGAAAGAUUUGGAAACAUGACAAGAGUCUAUUAUCGAGAAGCUAUGGGAGCAUUUAUUGUCUUCGAUGUCACCAGGCCAGCCACAUUUGAAGCAGUGGCAAAGUGGAAAAAUGAUUUGGACUCAAAAUUAACUCUCCCUAAUGGUAAGCCAGUGUCAGUGGUUUUGUUGGCCAACAAAUGUGACCAGGGAAAGGAUGUGCUCGUGAAUAAUGGACUCAAGAUGGACCAGUUCUGCAAGGAGCAUGGUUUCGUAGGAUGGUUUGAAACAUCAGCCAAGGAGAAUAUAAACAUCGAUGAAGCUUCAAGAUGCCUGGUCAAGCACAUACUUGCGAACGAGUGUGACCUCAUAGAGUCCAUAGAACCGGACAUUGUGAAGCCCCACCUCACAUCACCUAAGGUUGCCAGCUGCUCUGGCUGUGCCAAAUCCUAGAAAGCUCCUCUGCUGGCAUAUCACAGAAAGAACCCUGUGGCCUUCAUGAAUUGUUCUUCAGGUUUUCUUUAUGACCAUGUUGGGUAAGCGUCAUGGUAGGGAAGCCCAUGUGACAAGCCAAAGGUGUAUGACGGUAUGUGUCCUGUCAGAGAGCAGCAGCAAAUGUUCUUUAUAUGUUUCCCCCGCUGUCAGCACAGUGUUUACAAGCUUUUAAAAUAUUAGUCUGUGGCAAAAUGCUGUUUUAGCACUGAGCAAAGUCACUCAGGGACACAGCCAGCCCUGAUAUUUAUUCCUUUAAAUCAGCAGAAGCUUCUGGGCUUCUUGAGAAGGGGAAUAAGAGAGCAAGGAGGAGGUCAAGCGAAGAGUGGAGAUUUGCCUUGCCCUGGUGGGUCUUUGUGCAGGUUUCAAUUUGUGUCUGGGCUGUCCAAUAGGUGUAUUAAAUAGAAACGGUAUUUUCUCCAUUCACUGCAGACCUAAGGGUUGCCUGUGAUGUUGCUCUUUAGAGCCGUCUGCACCGGCACCCUGUGCUUUGGCUGCCUUCAUUGUCACUUGCUGUGCCCUGAAUGCUGGUUUAACUGAAAACUGUAUGGAAGGAUCUUGCUCCCUGUGUGUGCCUUUCUUUUAGCUUCCUCUGACUGUAGCUGCGGGACUCCUCUGUACAUGUAAGAUAUAUUAUAUAUAUUUUUCACAAGUGAAAAAUAAAACAUUAAAGAUGCUGUUUCCCUAUUCCUGAUGCUGCCUUCAAGUUCUUUCUUAGUACUGUGUCAUUUUCAAUUGUGUUUUGUUUUGUUUUGACAAUACAACCAUGUUUCUCAAAAUCCAUUUCUACAGUUGAUUUUUGAAAGGAGGUAAGGAAUUGGGAGGAGUUC